AUGAAGGUCUCUGCCGCUCUCACCCUCGCCCUUGCCGGUGUCUCCAUUGGCAGCCCCAUCGCCAUCGGUCUCGAGGAGCGCGAUAUCGAGUCCCGUGCCCUGAGCCUGGUCCCCGUCCUCUCGCCCAGCGACGCUUCCGUUGUUCCCGUCGCGAUUCCUGAUAUCCCCAACAUUGGAGCCCCCCAGGCCUCGGGCCUUCCCUCGCUGCCUCCCCCCGCCUCCGAAAUCGAGUCCGCCGCGAAGAGGAUCCUCCAGAGCAUCCUGGUGGUUAUCGCCAACCUUCUCCAGGGCCUUCCCGGCAACACCCUCCCCAUCCCUACUACCAUCCCCGGAGUUCCGGAUAUCACUCCCGUCGACCCGACCCUUCCCGUCGGCAGCCUCACCCCUCAGCAGCUCCUUGUCUUGGCUGCUGCUCUUCAGAGCCAGCUUGGCAACCUCACUGCUCUCGGAAACAACGCCAUCCUCUCCGGUGGACUCAACGCUGCUCAGCUGACCGCUGUUCGGGAUGCGAUUACCGCCGCCCAGACCCAGCUCGGCCCCAUCAUCGGCUCCCCUACCAGCGCUCUCGCUACUCUUGGCAACCUCCAAGGUAAUCUGCCCGGCGGUGUCACCAACCUGCCCCAGCUUGAGGCUCUUUUUGCCGGUCUCGCGCCCGUUCUCAUCCUCGUCACUUCCCUCCUCAACGCCGUCACUGGCCUCCUCCCCACCCUCGGCGGCAGCGGCCUCCCCAGUGUUGGACUUCCCGUCACUCCCACCGUCGGCCUCCCCGGUCUCACCGGCCUCCCCAGUGUUGGACUUCCCAUCACUCCCACUGUAGGCGUCCCCGCUCUCACCAGCCUUCCCAGUGUUGGACUUCCCAUCACUCCCACUGUAGGCGUCCCCGCUCUCACCAGCCUUCCCAGUGUUGGACUUCCCAUCACUCCCACCGUAGGCGUCCCCGCUCUCACCAGCCUUCCCAGUGUUGGACUUCCCCUCACUCGCACCGUCGGACUUCCCGGCCUUCCCGGCCUUCCCGGCCUCGGCCUCUAA